ACGGUGCUCUAUCUGGCUACGAUUCGUCUCGUCAGCAGCCUUUUGUCGGCUCUCUACACUUGAUUUUCUACUGUCCUGCUAUUGUUGAUGCUGUUUCUAUAACUUGAUUAUCACAAUGGCAGGCCUUCAGAGUCGCUCCGCCAUGACUCUUCCCUCCUCCCUCUCCGCAGCUUUUCGCAACCUCUCCUUAUCAGUCCCGAAGCGCUCGUUCUCUACGACAUUGGCUGCGCAAAAAACGAAGCAAUUACCGGAUUAUAUUCCUCCUUAUCCCUAUGGACCCAACUACAUUUUCAAGCAAUCAAACUCCGGUCUCUAUGGUGGGACUAUGAUCCAGUUCGGAAACAAGAUCUCGAAGGGCCGCAACGAGGGUAAAACCCGACGAUUCUGGAAGCCCAACGUCAGGCGGAAGAAGCUCUGGAGUGAAGCCCUCGGAGAGUACCUCUAUAUCAAAGUUACGCGAAAGGCUCUGCGAACAAUCUGGAAGUCUGGCGGUCUCGACAACUACCUUCUGGACGACCGGCCCGGUCGUAUCAAGGAAUUGGGUAUUUUCGGCUGGGAAUUACGAUGGAAAGUGAUGCAGACACCUAAGGUCCAAGAGCAAUUCCGCCAAGAAAGAAAACGCCUUGGCCUCCCCGAGCCACCGUCGUUCGAGGAGUGGGUAAAGCAGAAGGACGCAGAAGUCAAAGCCAAGGUGGAGGAAGAGACCAACAUCAAGGAAGUUACGAAACCAACAUACAACGAGAAACAGUACUAGGGAAUAAAAGAUGUGACAGGAGUUUUCUGAUCAGCAUGCAAUGGACAGUCGGCUCGUUUUUCUAUUCUGUUGGCCAAGGACUGGGCGUCAUGUACUAUUAUCUUCGACUAUUUUCUGGAAUUCAAUGUACACCACUUCAGACAAGAGUCGCUGGCCGGGAGUCACAAGAACCGCCCAUAUCUCGUCUAACCCUUAUGUAUUAUAUCUGCAAUACAAUAUUGCUUGAGAUAUUCAAUGGAGAUGUCGCCUUACCCGGGGGCACAAUGUCAGAC